GCGCUACCAUUUUGUUAGUGCCUAACAAACCAGCUCCGUUUUGUCAGUUCUUAACGAAUCGGUCAGCUGUUCGGAUCGUUGUAUUUGCGGAGAAUUAACACAUGGGCCUGGUCAAGCACUGGAACUCGAAUACAAUUAUAAAAACGACUUGCUAACAAUAUAUAUAGAUAUUUAUAGCAGUAGGUAGACAUUCCAUUAGACGCCAUGCCGGAGAAGCAAUUGGAGCAGGGGAGCGUGUCUCUUAGCCGCAUGAUUGGCGCCUUCGUCUUUGGACUGUUGCAAUCCUUCUUUCGAUUUAUCUUUCGUUUGAUAUAUGGCGCCAGCGGCAAACGCAUGCCGGCUAUAACGGAUCCCAUCCUCCUCGAAUCGGCCACUUCGUUGGCCAGUAAAAUACGUAACCAAGAGCUCAGCAGCGUUCAGGUUCUGGAAUCGUUUAUACGCCGCGUCAAGGAAGUGAAUCCCUUGCUAAACUGUGUCGUCGAUCAGCGCUACGAUGACGCACACAAUGAGGCAGCCGCAGCGGAUGAACUGAUCAAGUCCGGGCAAUAUACAGUAGAAGAGUUAGCCACGUUGAAACCCUUUUUGGGCGUGCCCAUCACAACAAAGGACUGCAUAGCGGUUAAAGGCAUGCUCCAUACAGCUGGAUUGUAUUCGCGUCGCGAAGUCCGCGCAGAAAAUGAUUCGGAUGCGAUGGGAUUGAUGCGAAAAGCGGGCGCCAUUCCCUUUGCGCUGACCAAUGUCUCCGAGAUGUGUAUGUGGUGGGAGAGCAACAAUACGGUGCAUGGCAGAACGAACAAUGCCUACGACACGAAUCGUAUUGUGGGCGGCUCCAGCGGCGGCGAAGGUUGUGUCCAAUCGGCCGCCGGCUCACCGUUUGGCUUGGGUUCCGAUAUUGGUGGAUCUAUUCGGAUGCCCGCCUUUUUCAAUGGCAUAUUUGGCCACAAGCCCAGCAAAAUGAUCGUUUCGAAUAAGGGCCAGUUUCCUACCCCAUUCAGUGAGGAACAGAACUCCUUUUUGGGUCUGGGUCCCAUGUCACGUUUCGCCGAGGAUCUGCGACCCAUGCUGCAUAUUAUGGCUGGGGAUCGGGCGGAGCUAUUGCAGCUGAACAAGCCGGUGGAGCUAGAGAAAAUGAAUUUCUUCUAUCAGGAAUCGGAUGGCGGCGGUCGGAUGGUAUCCGCCGUCGAUAAGGAUUUGCUGCAGGCCAUGCGUCGUGUGGCCGAGCACUUGAGCAAGAAAUUUGGCAGUGGUCAGGUAAAACAGCUUCAGCUGCCACAGAUACGCCAAUCGGCUGCCAUUUGGUUUGCUAACAUGCGUGAUGAUUCCGGACAUGGCUUUAGCUACCAACUGGGCAAUCUGCGAUACGAUAUCAACACCUAUUUGGAGCUGCUCAAGUGGCUGGUGGGUGCCUCCAAGCAUACAUUGAUUGGCCUAAUCACCGCCGUGAUGGAUAAUGCACAGUGCCAGCAUGGCUCCUCUAAAUACAAGCAUAUGGUGGCCAAGCGGGAUGAAUUGCGUGCCACUCUACAGCAGCUGUUGGGGGAUAAUGGUGUAUUCAUCUAUCCCACUCAUCCCACUGUGGCGCCCUAUCACAACGAACCCAUACUGCGUCCCAUUAACUUCUCUUACACGGGCAUAGUGAAUGUGCUGGGCUUCCCGGCCACAGCUGUGCCGCUUGGUUUGGGCAGCGAAGGCUUGCCGCUGGGCGUGCAGGUCAUAGCUAACUUCAAUCAGGAUCGAUUGUGCCUGGCCGUAGCCGAGGAGCUAGAGCGUGAGUUUGGCGGCUGGCAGCGACCCGAGGUGCGACUGUGAAGCGCACUCUUUUUAUUAUAAAUUAUAUACACAGCCGAAAGUAGUUUUUAGUAUUUGGAAAUUGUUUCCUGGGCCCCGCAAUUAACCCACCAAACACAAAGUAACAGCGGCUUGGUAUAUACUAUAUACAAACGAUCUAUCAGCAUGUCCUCUUUAUAUUUAUG